AUGCUCACCGUUGGCAGCGUAAGUGACACUUUGCAACGGUCUCCAACGACGAUUUACAUUUUAUGCUAGUUAUAGCACAAACACUGAUGUAAAAUUAGUAGCCGUAAAUAUAUUCUGCGCGAAUUUAGCUGAAAUUGAUUGAAUCAACUUCACCUUAUGCAAUCACUUUUGGAACCCAUUCUUAUAAGUGGUUACUCUUGUUGCAGCCAGGCGUUUAUAUUCUGCUACCUGGCCGGUCUACAAAACGUCCUUGUACGUAAUAACUUGUUUGGAUACGCUUGUGAAAUGUUUACCGUACUAACAACACAGGUAUUAGCUAAAAGCCCAGACACGCGUGUUUCGCCGAUCUUAUGCCGCUGCAUGACGCAGCUGCGAGGGGUUCGGCCCGUCAGUGGGUCCGCCAGCCUCCCCGUAUGCUUUCUGGUAUAAGAACUUCAGUUUCAACUUGCCUUGCUUAAUUUCCGAGGAACCUAAUGCGCGAACUUGGGGUAACACUUUCAAAACAGACCUUUUACUCAGAAAUAAAACAAGUCAAGUUGAAACUGCAGUUCCUAUAGCAGAAAACACACGGGGAAGGCUGGCGAACCCACUGAAGAGCCGAACCCCUCACAGCUGCGUCAGGUAGCGGCAUAAGAUCGGCGAAAUUCGCGUGUCUGGCCUUUUAGCUAGUACCUGUGCUGUUAGUACGGUAAAUCAUUGCACAAUUCUAUACUACUGGGUGCCUGUUGGCGGUUUGGGAAUAUUAAGCGGUUAUUCCGCAGUAGCUGAUGGAUUUCAGCUCAAAUAUUCAUGUCAGACUUCGGACCGUGCCUGAAAAGGUCUGGUUCGAAAGAUUUACUCCAAGUUUGCGCAUAGGUUUUCUCGGCAAUUAAACAAGACAUGCUUGGAUACCUUUCUUGACACCAAAAACAUUUGAAAAGCAAGCGAGGGCCAUCAGGAGGCACGAAUAAGUGGGUUAAAUAUAACAAAUUAUAAAUAGCUGGACUUUAAUGCCGAUAAUUUGGGUCUGGCAGGCGUUAUUUGGAAUGCGCAUCCACAAAAAUAUGCCAACAUUCGGGACGAGGUGGCACGCUCAUUUGAAAGUCCACGCCGGGGAACCUGGGAUCGGGACUGUCCCCUUUUUGCCGUGUCAUAAAAUCCUGAUAAGUGUACGUUAUGGACCAAGCGCGGGUAUUUCCGUGGCAGUCACCUGCGCCCAGUCUUACCUGCUGUCUUCUUGACUUUGCCAUGACAGCGGGUCAAGGUGUGUGAGCAGGAGAGAGUGCAAUAGAUGCAGCGCAAGUCCAAUAACACUAUGAACUUAUUCGCUUGCAUGCUGCCGUCCAGUCUGAAGGAGAGCACACGGCGGGCAGCAUCGGUCACGACGGUCCAACUAUCAUGCGCUGCUGGAUGGCGGUUGAUGACUGACCACCGUUUUGUCCGAAUUUGGCGUGGUCGAAUGCGAAGAGGUCCGUGCUCCGUUGCACGUUAGCUCCUCUCGCGGUGUUGAGAGCACAGCCAUCGGCGAAGAGGAGAUCGUAGAAGACAGUCAUGGAGAGACGCGUUGAGGUCUGUAUGUGCCGGCUAAUGAGAAAAUUUCCGCCGAUCUUGACGACGAUGCGGAUCCCGGGGCGUUCAUCACAGUGGCUUCCAUCAGCAUGACAGAACACAUUGGGGGUAAGAUGUGGUUUGGUAGCCCCCACUGAUGGACACAAUACUGUUGGGGUUUGGGUUAAGGGUGGGGGUUAGGAGUUAGCGCAACCAUUUCUCAACAAUUCAAAGUACAUCUGCGCAUUCGCAAUAGCUUUCCUUUUUCAUACAACUACUUGACCUCGUCAUCUGUGCGUUCCCCGGCCUCACCUGUAAAAACCCCUAUUACCACCGGUCCUGUAUUAGAGAUGACUGGGGUUUGUUUACUUCAGGUGAGGCUACAUAACCGCACCCGACGCACAUUGGACUGCUUUUGUCCGUUGUUCACAGCAACUGCCUUUGAGACUGUCCCCUUUCAGACAUAGAUGACGGUUUGGUUGCUGCGUUCGACACUGUCCACCAUUCUAAAUAAGAAAAUGGGUUCACUGGAACAAGAAGUUUAUUGGUCUGACGUUUAGGAUUUGCACCCGAGCCCAUCAUAUGAGGCAGUCAGAGAUAAGGAUAGUGGAGGUCCAAUGAAUGCAGUAUUUAUAUUAUGUAGCUGCCGCGGGUCCAUCCGCCAACAUCCAACACGGACAAUGAAGGCGCGAAAAUUAACGAUUGUCAGGCGGACUGAGAAGCCAUCAUCACAUCAGUUACCACCCCCCCCCCGUAUCGGUGAUCGUGAGAGCUGCUAAUUAUAGUGCGCAUUCGGCUGACUGGCUUGGACAGUCGACAGAAGGGCAGGGUAGGGUAGGAUGAUUUAGGUUCACUCUCAGUGCAUAAUUACUCCUCACUAAGCAAUAUGACGCACUUGAGACUAUCGUCAUGCCCUGAAGGUGGUGGAUCGGAAGUUUACAUGAUGAGGAUUCAAGUCAGAUCAUGUAGUCAGCCCAGUGUGUGUCUGUGUGGCCGAUUGAUGGACUAAGGGUCGGGCUACAAAGGCUCCAUAUUAAUGUGGCCGAUAUAGCACUCGUAACUUGUAUGGUCCGAGUUGCCUCUUUUUUGCUGUGAUAAAAUCCUGCUCUGCGGACCGUGGCUGGGAGAGGUGAGUGAGAAAGAGCUGCGAACAGCUGGUCUGUGCGUGUCGCGCACACAAAACUGCCCACCCCCCCCCUCUGCGUACACACCAUGAUUUCGAAAGGGUGCUAGGCUAUUCUGAUCUCACAAGUAAUAGAGGAGGCAGGUGGGUAGAGUAGCCGAAAAACAAAAUUCGCACUUAUAUGAGAGGUGUCGGCAGUGUGCGAUGUUGGAGGUGUUCUUGCGUGACGCAAGCGGGAGAUGUGUGGUGAUGUGAUUAUGUUGGAGACGAUUUACUGUGAUGAUUUGCGUGAUGGCGCAUGUGACUAAGUGGGCUAAACACGUAUCUUGGCUUUUAGCUAGUACCCAUGUUGGGAGUACGGUAUAACCAUCCGUCAUAUGCUGUCAUGCUACCAGUAUUACUGCUUGUUUGUAGAAUGGACAUCACGUUGUUAUCCCACAGUGGUUGACUGUCUUCGCUCCAAAUGUUCAUCUACGUUUCGGACACGUGACUGUUCCUGGUAUCAUUAUUUUGGGGUUCACAAUCCAGAAACCACAUAAAGAAUACUCGGAGCUACACCGAGUAGCCUCAUUCAGCAGCGGAAUUCACUAUUCUAAACAUCAGAACCUCAUGAAAUUCAAAACCAGACAUCCGAAACUAGGAGCUUCAUCAAAAAAUCAAAGGUCGAAAUCGUCGAACAUUCCGAAACCGAUACGAAAAGGGCAAACUACAGAAAUAUUGUGCCAACACGGGCCAACGGGCUUUUUAUCGAAAGGAUCGGCUUGAUAGACGAAGAGCUGGAGCAUCAUUUUUCAAACAAUAGGUACCAUCUUUGAAUGGAACGACACUUCUUUGCAUGCAUUCAGUGGAUAAUUUGAAACAAGUCCUGAAUUUCCGGUAGGACUUACGGGACGUUAGUUGUCUCUGCGGGUCAUUCUAAACCCUAUAAGUAGACGAAAGCAGAUAAGCAAAUGACUGACACGACGGCUUUUGAUAUUACCGACAAAGACAAGGGAGACAGGAAUGGCCAUUUCUGGCUUAUUAACCGUCGUCAGCCAGCCAUAUCCAAUUCCUGGAGAAACUCAAAGGGGUAAGCAUCCAUCUAAAUGAGGUCAUGGUCUCUUUUGAUGUUACAUCCCUUUUUACUUCUAUUCCCCAGGACCUGGCGAUCGAGACUAUUGAGCUGCUACUACAAAGCAAAUAUGAUGAAACGGAGAACCGUCUUGGACACGCCCAAAUCCUUCAGCUCCUGAAGCUCUGCCUCAGGACGUACUUCACGUUCAACGGGACAAUCUACGAACAGGUGAAGGGCACACCAAUGGGUUCGCCGAUUUCGGGAUUCAUAGCCGAGGCGGUCCUGCAACGGUUAGAUUCGCUGGUCUUCCAACACCACAGACCGAAAUUCUGGGCCCGGUAUGUGGAUGACACCUUCGUCGUCAUCGAACGGGAUCAGGAGUUGACACUCCAAGAACAUCUCAACGCCGUCUUCCCGGACAUUUAA